AUGGGAACAACAUUGGAGUCAAUGGUUGACUAUUUGCUCUACAAUUUAAGAAGAGAGUCAGGGAAUGACAUUUGUAUAAGUGAUAUGGAUCUCAAGGAUUGGGGUCUUCGAGAAAUUGAAUUGAUACUUAGCAAAAAUGUUAGGAGUCUUGCAGAUUUUCCCCCGAUGCCACAACCAUCCGGUAGAUCAUUUACCUAUCUAUCAAAUAGACUGAUACGAGAAAAGCUCGAUUACAAUGCAUGUAAUGAGGAGCAUUCAUUUCAUUCAUUGCAUGUAGGAUUGAAUAUUGAUCAACUCCAUCCUUACAAUGAAAUUAUUGAAUCUUACGAGGUUGCAUCAUCUGGAAUUGCAGCUUUGUUGCUGCCAUGGGGUCAAACCGCACAUUCACGUUUCAAGAUACCAAUUGAAUUGGAUGAUUCAUCACAUUGCUCCAUUGAUGUCAACUCAAAUUUGGCAGAUUUGAUUCAACAGUGUUCAUUAGUAAUAUGGGAUGAGGCACCAAUGAUGCAUAACCAUGGAUUUGAGGCGGUGAAUAGGAAAUUGCAAGAUAUAUUAAAAAUUUCUGAAAAUUUCUGCCCUAAUAAGCCUUUCGGUGGAAAGUUAUGCAUAUUAGGGGGAGAUUUUAAACAGAUCUUGCCAGUCGUCACUAAAGGAAGGCGUGAGGCUAUUUUGGAAGCUUCUCUUCAUUAUUCUAAUUUUUGGAAUCAAUGCAAAGUUAUCCAUUUGAAGAUGAAUAUGAGAUUGACCUCACGAGAUGGCUCACGAGAUUUACUUGAUGAAAUACGUCAUUUUGCCGAAUGGGUAAAUAUGAUAGGUGAAGGAAAAGUUAAGUAUCUGAAAUUUCAAGAUGGUGAGGAAUCUGAUUGGAUUGAAAUACCAUAG